AUGUCCGAGCAAACCUCGCAUAGUGACAUGCCUUUGGAUAAUAGUGAAAUCUAUGAAGAUGAUAUUUUGGCAUCAACAGAAUUGGGUUCACAACCUAAAAGAGCUAGAAAAGGUGGCUCUAGUUUUUAUAAAGUAUGGAGUUAUGUGACUAAGGGUGUACAA